AUGAUGAGCGGUGGCGGCGACAAUUUAUUGGGUUCUGCGGCGACGGCGACUUCUGUCUCGCAGGUAAGUGAUGUUGAUGAUGAUGAUGUUCCUUUAAUAUUAUUUAUUUACUGUAAUUGUGUUUGUCGAGAGAGAGAAGGAAAAGAAGGAUCGUAAUAGAAUUUGUGCAGCCAGAUAAUUAACUUUUCUGGCCGUGGAUCUUUUCUCUGUGAGCCUGAGCCUGAGCCAUGGAGCACCCAUAAAUUCAUUAUGGAAAUUUGAUUGUUAGAUGCGAGUAUAUCGAGAAGACACAACACAACACAGACUAACAAUUCCCCCACUUUUUUCACCAACAAACUCAACUGAAAAUGAUAGCUCUUAGUUUUUCCCAACUUUUUUUUAAAUUCAGGACUUUAGUUGUAGGUUUUCACAAAAGUCAAACAUUUUGUAGAAACUACAAACAUUUUGUAGAAAGUAAAUCAAUUCGAAUACUUUUUCCAGCAGAACGUUUUCUUUCGAUAACAUUCACAACUUCAGUGAAAAUAUCUUAUUCAGAAAUAAGAGUUGUCUUUUGGUUUUUUAGAAUUCGCCUAAUUUGAAAUUUGGUUAAAUUUUUAUCACUUCUUCACUCAAAUUAUAAAUACUGAUUUAUUUCGAUGUUUUCAGAAUAUUUUUUCAUCUGACAAUUAACUAUUGCAUAACAAAAUCUAUAAAUUGAUCGAAUCAUUUUUCAAUAAAUUUGGAGAGCCUGAAAAUGAAAAUUCAAUGUAUCAUAAAAAUUUAAAAUAAAUCUUUUCAAAAACAAACCAUUACAGUUUUGAGUUAUUUUUCAGUCGAAAAAAUUUUUUCCCGAUAUUUUUUCACCGCAUUUGAAUAUUCAAUCAAUUUUCUGAAUAUUCAAAUGAUUGAGAAUUUUUCACAGUUCGCACAAAUUUUGACAAAAAUUCUUGAGGGCCCACGGUCAAUUUUUUCACUGUUUCACCAAAUUUUUAACUCGAAAAAAGUGUUUGGUAGUUAAUGUUUUUUUGGUUUUAUGACGGAACAUUUAGAUAUUUUUUUCAAAAAAAAAUCUGCGGAACUUCUGUGAAGAUUAUCUAAAUUUUGAAAAAAAAAUCAGAUUUUUCUCGAAAACUGAUUCUUAUUGUUCAAAAAAAAUUAUUCAAAAAUCCUCUGCCCAAAGUUGAAUGAUAAUUUUCGAAAAUUCAAAAAAAAACUUCUCUUUGCCCUUGAAAUUUCCUGAAAAUCCAACUCAAUAUGUUUUUUUACAGUUCCAAGAAAAAGUCAAAGACCUCGGAGUCUCUCUUCACGACUUCACUGCCUAUUAUCCAUCAUCAUUGGACACUGUUUCAGCAAGUCUUCGACCACUCGCUGAUCCAACUUCAGGUAACUUCAGAUCUUCAGAAUUAUCUAUAGAAGUUCUGACUUUUGAAUUAGAAAAAUCUUUUUUGAGAAUUCAAGAUUCAAAAAGUGAACAAAAUAUUUUCUGGAUCCAGAAAAAUAGAGAAUAGGAAUUCUUGUAAAGUAGAAAAUGUUGGUUGGGAGAAAAACUGGAGAAAUGAAAUUUUUUGCUGUGCGAGAGUUGCUGUGCGCACAAAAUUACAUCAGAAUAUAUCAGAUUUGCGGAAUCAUAUUUGUUCAACACAUUUUCCUCCUUUUUCUUUAAGCUUCUCCUCACUUUUCUUUUUUUUCCUCCACCAUUUUCUUCUAAAUCCAGAAAUUAGUAUUCUGGAGCAAUUCUGGAGCGAAAUCUUCUAUCCAGAUUGUGUUGAGUCUGAGCCAAGACAAAACAAGACAAGAAAAAGUCAAGCUGUCAAUUAUAUCAAGCAAUUAUGUAUUGUGUGAAGGGGAGGACUCUUUAAGAAGACCACACUUCCUAAUAAUCCUAUUGUGUUCACUUUUUUUCUAUGAGAGGAACGGGAAAGAAUGAAUUAUAAUAAUAACAACAACAACUGCUCAUUUUGUUGGGGUACUGUAGGAGUUAGGCAAAUUUUGAGAGAGUCAGAUUUUGUGGAAAACUUUAUUGAGCUUUGAAAAUUUUGAAACUAAACUUUUUAGUUGGACCUUUGAAUUAUAGUUCUUGAAAUUAUUUACAACGUGAACUACGACACUCCGCGAUUCCUUUCAAAUUCAAAAAGCUUUUUAUUCAUAUUUUGUCUCAACAAGAAUUCCAACCUACCGUACCCUUUCUCCCUCGUUUUUCGCCCUUCCGGCUGACCCGUUCUCUUCUCACUUUUUAUUGGAAAAUUAUAGGGAUUACUGUAGAGGGAUUACGCAAUAGAUUUUUUGGCCAAAACAUGACUACACCUGAAAAAUGUAUCAUCUGUCAAGGCUCUGCGGGAAGCCGUGAAGAGCCGCCAAGAGGAAAUUGGAAAGAGAUACCGGCUUUUCGAGUGCGCUUCAAGAUCAUGUUAUUUUUUAUUAAUUUUUGGAGCGGGUUUCAAAUUCGGUUGAAAAUAGGGAAUUGGGGUUAUUAAGGAAUGUUUUUUUUUAAAAAGUUUCAAGAUUUUUUUCAUAAUUUAUCCUCCCGAAAAAUUGACCCACAAAAACUAGGGUUCACAAAAAUUUCCAAAAUCAAUAUCACCUUUGAACUGUUCUCUUCAAAAAAAAAUACAGUAACCUUGAAAUGGUGGCUAAUCUGUUCUGUUGAUGAAAAACUAAAUUGAAACAUCUGCAUAUUCAUUUUUGUUCGAAACACAAAACAAUGUUUUCUUUGUUGCAGAUGGUGCAUUCAAGAAGAUUAAGUCUGAAGGAAGCUCCUCUUCGGUUUUUGGAUCCUCGUUGGCUGGAGUCGCUAAUACGCCAGCAAGGUUUGUUCGGGUGAAUUGAAAGAUAGGAAAGAUUGGAGAAUUCGGGUUGUGGAUAUGAGAUUUUCACAGGAAAAUUUUUCGGGGAAAUUUGGGAAUUUUAAAGAUGGUUUGAUCAGUAAAAUUAAUAUUUUAGACGUCGUCAUCGCACAACAUUCACUCAAGAACAGUUAGCCGAACUCGACGCCGCAUUUCAAAAAUCGCAUUAUCCGGAUAUUUAUGUACGCGAAGAAUUGGCGCGAAUCACCAAAUUGAAUGAGGCGCGAAUUCAGGUAAAUUUAGAAUUUUCCUAACUUUGGAAAAUUCGGAUUAAUUGAUUGAGUAAACAUCUAAUUAACUAAUUAUCCACGCUCACUUUGACUGAUACCCUCUGGUUUAGCCCACGCACACACAUACAAAACCAAUUCUUCUAUGCAGAUGUUUCGCGCACCCGAGCGAGCGGAUUAUACUCACUAAUUAGUGUAAUUAGUUCGAUUCCACUGAAUGACCAAAAGUGUUUACCAACAACUUUUUUUCUUGCGAGAGAAAGAGUUUUAUUGAUUUUUUUUCGCUGGCUCUCGGGUAAAUACCGUAGUUCAUUUUUUUCUUGGCGACAGCCAGCGCGACUAAAUUCAAUUAGGCUGCUUUUGAGGAGGCAGCGAAAAGAGGGAAAAGAGCCAAUAUCCGAAGGGGGCGCGAGAAGAAACACACUUCUUAUUGAUCAGAAAUAAAAAAUCAUGGUUGGGAGUGGGGAUUGAAAAAGUUAUACACUAACUAGCUGAGCUACGUGGGAGAGUGGUUUCGAACAUUUUGAAAAAUCACUGGAUUUGGAAUUUUUAUUUCAAGAAAUCAGCCACAUGGCAAAUUUUUUCACAACAAAUCAAUAAUUUGUCAGUUUCACUUUUUUAAAUGCAAAAAUCUCGUGAUUUUAAAAUCAAAAAUUAAAUAAUAAAUUUCUCAAUUUGACACAGAAAAAAUCAAUAAUUUCAAGUUUUUAUUAAUUUCCCACGUGAACUGUUUAAUUUCCCAUUUAAAAACCCACCCAACUCAUUACCAUACUUUCCAUCUCCAAUAAUCAACAUUUCAAUUCCAGGUUUGGUUCCAAAAUCGUCGCGCAAAACAUCGAAAACAGGAAAAACAGUUGAAUAAGGCGAUCAAUCCACAACACGCAUUUUUAACAAAUCAAGCCGGAAAUCUAAUGAGACAGGGAAUGUAUUCAAGUGCUUUGAAUCGAGACGGCGGAUUCUGGUAUCCAUCAUAUCCGAGACAAAUGCCAUAUCCAACAACAAGUCCGAGUUAUUCGAAUUCGUUCACAAAUCCUAUUGCAAAGUGAGUCAUUUUUUGUUAUCCUUUUUUUUUUCAUUUAUAUAAAUUAAAUGUGUUUCCAGUUUCGGUCAAUCGAUAGGUCCAUUUUCAACCGAUGAUGAAUUCUAUCAAAAAAGUCUUGCACUUCGAAUGACUGCAGCUCCAUCUUCGACCUCAACAACUGCCUCGAAUAUAGCCAAUUAUCAACAACAACAAAAUUCGGACUCCUCCGCUGAUACUCCAUCAAUCUGA